AUGAAUGUUGCCAGUUCCAAAUUGGCCUAUCCCCUUAAUUUGCUCAAAAGAUCUCAAAACAGCGAUAUUCCAAACAAGCGCAGACAAAGGAAAGAUGACAGCAGAGAUAUUCAUGCUCAAGUAGAUAUAGGAUCAACCAUCAAUGAGCAAAUAACACGAGUCAAAGAGUCAAAUAUUGGAAAAUUAGUCCAAGGACCUCUAGAUCCUAUUUUUGGACAAAAAAGGGCAUUUCCAAUAGCUUUGGAUUUGGAAACAAUAGAUGCUACUAAAGCUACAAUUGACGUAAACUCUUAUCUGGCUCUAGUUCGAUUAGAAGCACAGCAGUUUGAAAGAAAAGGGUUCCACGUCGAAGCUUCUGAGGCAGAAAACCUAAGUUCUGAUUUGAACUAUCAACAAGCGCCCAGCGAAGCAUCCUCUUUUGAGGUUGAACAGAGAUGCUGGCCGAUGGAAUAUUUGGAGGAAUUCAAGUCUGCAAAAGAAACCUAUCUCAACUAUAGAUCAAACCUAACAGAGCUCGAUGCCGUUGAUUUGCCACGGAAUCAAAAAGAAUGGAAGUACUUGAUAUUCAAUAAUGAACCCUCCUUUGAUAUUGUGGCCCAAAUCGUAGAAGAAAAUGUUAACAUCAAAUUAAUAGUAUACUUCACAAAAUGGCUCAAUCGGGAUGUCAACGUUUAUUUCGAGCAGUGGAUCUUUCAUAUGCUAUACGCUACCGACACUGUGAUGACUUCAUCAGAUAUAUCGGUGGUGCGGGCUCUGGGAAAUAAAGCCUUAAAGCAAAUAAAAGGAGCGCUUGAUGAACGCAAUCAAGUGAUAAUGAAACGAGUUGUACUGAUCAUCGGAACUCUUUACGGACAAAGAGACUUAUUGGAGUGUUGA